AUGCUUAAGCAGAUGCUAAGAUUUUUAUAGCACUAGUUAAAACUAGUGUAUAAGUUGUCCUAAGAAUUUCUAUAAAAUUAUUUAAAUUCUUCUACAUGCGUUUAAAAUUGCAAAGUUGGAGAAAUAUAAAGUAAUAAAUGCUAGACUGUAAGAUGUAUUAAAUAUGAUUUUCAAUAAUACUGCUUCAAGUUUAGUCUUAAUUUAUGCUUCAAUAGCAAAAUACUUUUAGAUUCUACUGAAUAACAUGAUUAACUAGCUGAAUGUAAAAGUGGCUAAAUAUUUAAUCUAGUUUCGUAAUAGUGUUUACCAUGCUCAAGCAUCUGCUAAGAAUGUUUUAGAACUAGUUAUAACUCAUUUAUAAGUUGUCCUAAGAAUUUCUAUAAAAGUUAUUUAAAUUCUUCUACAUGCGUUUAAAAUUGCGAAGUUGGAGAAAUAUAAAGUAUUAAUGCUAGACUGUAAGAUGUAUUAAAUAUGAUUCUCAAUAAUACUGCUUCAAGUUUAGUCUUAAUUUAUGCUUCAAUAGCAAAGUACUUUUAGAUUCUACUGAAUAACAUGAUUAACUAACUGUAUCUAAAUAAUUAAGUAUUAGAGCUGAAUGUAAAAGUGGCUAAAUAUUUAAUCUAGUUUCGUAAUAGUGUUUACCAUGCUCAAGCAUCUGCUAAGAAUGUUUUAGCACUAGUUAUAACUCAUUUAUAAGUUGUCCUAAGAAUUUCUAUAAAAGUUAUUUAAAUUCUUCUACAUGCGUUUAAAAUUGCGAAGUUGGAGAAAUAUAAAGUAUUAAUGCUAGACUGUAAGAUGUAUUAAAUAUGA